GAGACAUGCAGAGGAGCCAUGCAGAGGAGGGAAAGAGCGCGGUAUAAAAGCAUGAGACCCGCGCAAUGACGGGGAAGAGAGGCAGCCUCUUGCAAGCGGAGACACACCGGCCAGCAGACGGGGGGGAUUCGCACACAAACGCUCCGCCGUUGCCGUCUUAGGACCGGGGACAAGUUCUCCUGCGAGUUGCCCCUCAAAGACUUGGACGUUUCCCGGUUUCCCUCCGAGAGGAUUUAACCCCCAGGAAGGGAAGAGGUUCGGGAGCCAAGCCGAAGACCCCGGGGAAGACCUUUAGCCUGCAAGAGGCGCAGAAGCCCCGAGGGGGCGGCCGGAGCAGCUCCCACCUGCACCCCUCUGACAGCACCCAGCCCAGCCCGGCUCAUGGGCUGAAGAAAACAGGCGCCCGCCGACCGUCCCGGGAGCCCUCGGGUGGGCUGGAGAGCCCCGAAGGCGCCCCUGCGAAGGCGCCCGGUGGUGGGCACGGGUGGGGAGCACCUGGGGGGCUGAAGAGAGGAGGAGAAGUCGCCUUUCCCGGCCUUGGGGGCAGCAGUAGCCCGAGUUAGAGACGAGAGAGGAGAGCCCUCUGAGCGGGGCGCUCCCUCCGGCCGCCAGCAGGGGCGGACGCCGCCCCCGCCUCGCAUGCUGCCUUCGAAGGCAGGCCGGGCACCUCCAGCGCAAGGCGCGCUCCCUCUUCACCUCCUCCUUCUCCUCCUCGCCUUCGUCGUCCGCAGGCGCAACGCCGACGGCUCUCGGCUGCGCUGCGCCACGAGGGCUGCCCCGCCGCCGCUCCGGCAGCUUCGGAAGCGCGCUCGGGGCCCGACGAGGCGGCGGUGGGCGGGCGAGAGGCCGGCGGCAGCUGCCUCCCGGUGCGCUCCUGCCGGCGGGCGCGACCCCAUGCGGGCGCCGGGCUGCCGGAGGAGCAGCGAGAGCAGCGCCCCCUGCAGCCGGACCCGCUCCCUGCCACGGCCCCGCUGCCGUCGGGCGGGCGCCCACAGCCUCCUCGCGCCGCAGCCUCGGAAGCCGCCUCCCGCCCCGAAGUGGCUCCGCCGGGGUGGUGGCGGUGCGGCAGCGGCGCGGGCUGCAGCAGCAGCAGCGGCUCCUCCUCCUCCUGCUCCCCGUCGUCGUCGUCUGCCGGCCCGGUUGAUCCCGAGAGCGGCGCAGGGAAUCCGGCUGCUGCCCCACUAGACGCCGCCGGCGCGGCCGGGGCUCCUGCUGCUGCUGCUCCUGCCGCCGCGGCUCCUCCU